UUAUACUGGCAUUAUCAAACAGUUUACCCAAUUAUCCAUUUCUAUAUUCCACACCUACUUAAAUACCCAUUUGGGCCCUCAAAAGAACAAGCUGAAGUGAAUCGAAAAAAAAAAAAAAAAGACAACAAGAUUUUUGAGUUUCAAAAAUGGGGAAACAGAGCAAUACCCAGAAAAUUUCUUGGACUAAAGGGAAGUGUUUAGGUAAAGGCUCCUUUGGUACUGUAAGCUUGGCGAUUAAUGAAAUAGAUGGGUCUGUUUUUGCAGUAAAAUGUGUUGAUUUAGCAACGUGUUUACCAAACCAGUUGGAGUCUUUGGAGAAUGAAAUUAGGAUCCUCCGUUCGUUUUCUUCUCCUUUUGUCGUUGAGUAUCUCGGCGAUGACGUUACUAGUUAUGAGUUUCUGACGACAUCUUACCGGAAUCUUCACAUGGAGUACUUACAAGGUGGCACCGUUGUUGAUUUUAGGGCAUUUAAACGCCGGUUGGCUGACUUGGACGAGCGGAUUUUACGGUGGCAAACACGGUGCUUGGUUUCGGCUUUGAAAUACGUGCACGGUCAAGGCAUUGUCCACUGUGAUGUGAAAGGGAAGAAUGCUUUGGUGGGCUCCGAUUUGGCUACUGUAAAGCUUGCGGAUUUCGGCUCGGCGGUUGAGAUUAAAAGGGAAAGCGCGGGAAACAGGUGUAUGUCCCUGAUCACGCCACGCGGAAGCCCUCUAUGGAUGGCACCGGAGGUGAUUCGCGGCGAGUAUCAAGGGCCGGAGAGUGACGUUUGGUCUUUAGGAUGCACCGUCAUCGAGAUGGUCACAGGGAAACCAGCUUGGGAGGACCAGGGGUUUAAUUCACUGAGUCGAAUUGCUAACUCGGAUGAAUUGCCUGAGUUACCGACUCAGUUAUCUGAACUCGGUAAGGAUUUCGUAGAGAAGUGUUUGAGAAGGGAUCGGAAUCAAAGGUGGAGCUGCGAUCAGCUGCUGCAGCAUCCAUUUUUAGCAUCGGCUUCGCCGCCGAAUAGGACCAAGGGAUCAUCUCCACGUUGCGUGCUUGAUUUCGCCAACUCGGAUUUCGAAGAGGACGAAAAUACAGAGAAUGUUGAAGAUUCGGCGAGGGAGAGGAUUUGUAAAUUAGCGACUGUAAGAGGGGUAAUUUGGGAAUCUGAUGGGUGGAUGGCGGUAAGGAGUUUGAGUUUCCCUCGUGAAUCAAGUCUGAAUUGUGAGGAAGGGACAAAUACGGAAUAUCUAGAGUCGAUGAGGACAGGUUUGGAAUUUCCCGGUUGUUUUGAUGGUAGUAAUUCAGUUGAGUGGCAGUGUGGUAACUCCGAGGAUGUUAGAGGGUUAAAAUCGUCAAGUACUAGGCUAUGGUGCGACUGCUCCGCCGGUAGGAGCUGUGGGUAUAGGUCAGAAAACGUGGAGUUAGCGGUGGAUAAGGGAGAGUUCAGAUUCUACAGAUAUUGUAAUUUGUUAUUACAGUUAUUUUUGAGUAAUUUAAGAAUAUUCAGAUAUAUUUUAUAUUUGAUUUUUGUUCUAAUUACUACUUUGUUACAACUAUUUUUGAGUAAUUUAAUUAAUCCCAACCUUUCCCAGUCAACACAAGCAUAAAA